ACUGUUUGCCGUUCCGUCUGUAAGUCUGCAUGUGACAAACAACAACAGCAUGCAGUGCAGUCAGUGCUUCAAGAUGAUGCAUCUCUGCUGGUCCACCCUGUUGCUCUGUAUUUCUGUCAGUGCAGAGGACAAGACAGUGUACCAAGCACCUGGCGAGAGUGUCACCUUGGAGUGUUCCUCUGCAGGAUGUCCCCGCAGCAUUGAAAAGCAUUCCGGGAUGACUCUGUAUUGGGAGUAUGAGGAGCGGGGAGAGGUGCUUUACUAUCACACCAGCCCGGGAUCAGCUGACAAAGUCACCCCACGAAAGGGAUACGAAAACCGGGUUCAGACAAACGGAUCUCUGAAGAACCUCACCGUCACCAUCAGCAGCCUGACGGUGAACGACACAGGUUUCUACAGAUGUGUCUACACUAAAUUUCCCAGUGACCGAGUACAGUGCAACGUCCACAAACUUUUUGUGAGAGACGGACACACCUCCGCCAGAGAUGGGUCCAGUGAGGGUAGUGUCACCCAGAAACCUCCUGAGCCCGACUGCCUCCUGCAUCCUCCCUCAGUGCCGGAGUGCCAAAGUCUGUCUUUGUGGUUAGUGAUCAUCGCCACCUGCACCAUCAGCUCGCUGGUAACCGCGAUCUUCAGCCUGCUGAUUCUACCGAGGGUGAAGCGAUGGAUCAGCAGCAGAAGAGGACCAACAAAGGCCCCGCAGCUCUCCACUGAUUAUGUGUAUGAAGUUAUGACCAAGAACGGCCUCCGCCCUCUGGAGGCUCCGGAGCGCUCAGAGCCAAGCCCGUAUGAUUUUGCUUAGCAGUGCAUGUCAAAAAUUACUGGCAUGGUGCCCGUCUUCCUCUUAAAAGUUGCUUUAUUUUUUUACUGUUUGUUGCUUGCUUAAACUUUUUAAUUGUUUUCAAUGAACAAACAUGAGACAAAACGUAAAACAUGUGACAUGUUAAACAGAUAAACACUCCUAAGAGUGUUUCAUUGUUGUUAAAGUGUCCCCAAAUUCAAAUCACUCUUAAUACUGCUGGUACGGACUGUCAAUAUUUGAACUGUAAUAGUUGUUUAUUUGGUGCUUUUAUGGCUGUAUCACAAGUAAUAAAACAAGAGCUUGAAUAAAAAUCUUCAUGGUUUCACACCUUUUUAUAAAAGAUGGAUUAUUAACCGUUAAGGGGAGGCAAACAGACUAAGAGCCAAAACUGUUCCAUGAACAGACAAGAAGAAAAACAUGAUUACAAGAAGAAGAAUUUGGGUUUGAAUUUGCCAGGAAACACAAUUAGUGAGUUCAGCUUCUGUGACUUGCCGGCAAACAAAGCUUUUGAAGCAUUAACAGUGUGGCGUGUGUGCACAAACCACAUGGAGCAUGGGGGCGGCGGUGUUUGUAUGGGUGGUUUGUUGAGUUCUCACAUGCUACUUUUUACAAGCCUGAUCUAAUUCAUAUAUUCAUAACGGAGCUAAUCAGGUACAAAUAUGAAAAGGGGUGAACAUGAAUCAAGAAUGCUGAUGUUAAGUGGAUAAUGCUGACGAUAAUGGCUACAGUAAAUGCAUU